AUGAGAACCGAGUUUCCCGAUCCGGAUGACAUUCUCAACUUUGUCCUGACUAUUGAACCUGACGAGGGCAUGUACCGCAACGGCCGGUUCAUGUUUGACUUUGCCAUUAACCAGAACUUUCCGCACGAGCCCCCGAAAGUAAGGUGCAGAGAGAAGAUUUACCACCCGAAUAUUGAUCUAGAGGGCAAGGUGUGCCUGAAUAUUCUGAGGGAGGACUGGAAACCAGUUUUGAAUCUGAAUGCAGUGAUCGUGGGACUACAGUUUCUUUUCCUAGAGCCGAACGCCUCCGACCCUCUAAACAAAGAAGCCGCCGAGGACUUGAGAGGCAACAGAGAAGGAUUUAGACGUAACGUACGAACGUCUAUGAAUGGAGGAACCAUAAAGGGUACAUCAUACGACCGCGUAUCGAAGUAG